GAGGAGCUGCUGCCUCCAUCUGAGUGUUGCCCAGUGCCCGUAAACAUGCCUAAACAUUACGCCCUCACCUUGCCAUUCCCCGCUGACUGAUGCUGGUGCACAGUGUAAAUCGAGGACGUCUCUCCAGCGGCAACAGACGAAGAAAGUAUACAGCAUAAGAAACAGAGAGUAACUUAUUAGGGAUAUAUAUUCGCUAGUUACAGGUGGUCCCAGUCAUCUAUCCUAUAGCUCCUCACCGUCUCAAAUCUGCCUUGUUUCGCCCUUGCUACUUGUUGCCUGCCGUCCCCUCACCCUGGCCAUGAUGUCCUCCUCCCCCGGGACCUCUCUCAGAGUGCGGACCUUCUACCUCGCUGUCGUCCUCUGUUGUCAACUCACAGCAUGUGGAGGUGACGGGUUCCAGCGGUUCCUGGUGUCGCCGGAGAGCCAGGUGGUGCGGGAGGGGGACAGCGUGGUGCUGCGCUGCAUCAUCGCCAACCAACGCGGCAAAGUGCAGUGGACCAAGGACGGAUUCGCUCUGGGAUUCCAUCGCGAGGUACCAGGGUAUCCUCGCUACUCUUACACCGGGGAUGCCUCCAGGGGGCAGCACCACCUGACCAUCAGCAGCGUGUCCCUCUCAGACGCAGGGGAGUAUCAGUGCCAGGUGGGGCCGACACUCUCCAAUCCUCCUAUCUGGGCCGCAGCCAAUCUCACUGUUGUGUUGCCGCCCAGUGGGAUCAGCCUGGUGGGCCAGAGCGACGGCUCGGUAGUUGAGGUGGUGGCUGGCGCUUCCCUCACUCUUCGUUGCCGGGUGCCAGAUGCCCGCCCACCACCCAGGAUCCUGUGGUACCUGGACGAGAGACAGUUACCGGCAGACCAGGUGGACUCCCAGGUUGUGCGAUCGGUCAUGCCACACAGGUGGAGUGUGAGGAGCAGACUGACACUACAGCCUCGCAUGCAGGACGAUGGUGGGAGGGUGAUUUGUCGCGUGCUGCAUCCUGGCCUGGCCGGAGGUGGGGCCCUAGCCACUUCCAUUACCUUGUCUGUCCUGCACCCACCUGGCCCACCUGCUCUAAGUGGCUUAGGGGAGGGAGACACGCUGCAGGCUGGGGAGCGCCGCAACAUCACCUGCACUUGUCCUGGGGGCAACCCUCGCCCAUCACUCAUCUGGUACCGUGCUGGUCGUCUCCUUGAUGAUUCAUACAAGUCAGUGGUUCAUGAUCGCAACAUCCAUACCAUAAAUACCCUUGAGCUGCUGGCAACAGAGGCAGAUGAUGGGGUGGUGCUGGAGUGCCAGGCCGUCAGCGACCUGCUGCACCUCCCCCUCACCACCAAUGUCACACUCUCUGUUUACUAUGGACCAGCAGCUGUGAGAGUGAGCGGGCCAGCUCGGGCCGAGGAGGGCCAGUCAAUUGCACUGCGGUGUGAGACUUCACCCUCGAGUCCACCAGCCUCCUUGAUCUGGCGGGUCAAUGGUGAAGAAGUGGUGUCUCCCAACGUUGUGGUGAAGCGGGUACCUUCAGGGGGCUGGGUAACAUCCUCCCGCCUGGAGCAGCAAGUGGAGGGGCCGUGGGAGGACAAGGCACCUAGACAGCUGGCAGUGGAGUGUGAGGCUGAGCAUCAGUCCCUGCCACACUCACCCCACCACACCCUUCUCAUCACCCUCGUCAAGCCAGCCGGAGCGCCAGUGCUGGGAGGUGAAGUGCUGCAGCCUGUGGUGGCUGGCAGCUCUGCUGAGGUGACCUGUGCCAGCCCUCAUAGUCUUCCGCAAACCUCCAUCAGGAUUUACCACGCAGGGAAGAUUGUACCUACCAGGCAGGAGCACACGCCAGCUGUGACUCAGGCCAGGGGGAGUGUGAGGGUGGACCCGCCUGAUAAUGGAUCCAUGGUUAGGUGUGAGGUGAUCAGUCCAGCCAGCACCAAACCAAAAAUCACCUCAUCCAGGCUUUCUGUCCUAUUUCCUCCAAGGGAGCUGAUGGGAUCCUUGGAGCCUGAAGUGGCAGCUGAAGGGUCUCAUGUCAUGCUCAUGUGCCUCACCUCCUCCAGCAAUCCAUCAGCCAACCUCACCUGGACAGCUCAAAGCUCCCUACCUCCUGUGGCCACUAUCACCACCUCCCCUGCUGCUUUUGGAGGCACCAGCACCAGGUCAGAGGUGUCAAUGGUGGUUCAGGCUGAGGACCAUGAAAGGCGCUUGACAUGUGAGGCAAACAAUGGCCUGGGGUCACCCCUACAGAAGAGCUUUGUUCUUAAUGUCCUGCAUGCUCCGGUGUGGCGGGAGAGACCAUCUGAACAGAUCAAUGUGUGGGAGGGUAUGGACGUCUCCAUCACAGCUAGCGCCACAGCUAAUCCAGGUCCUGUCAGAUACUGGUGGCGCCGUGGGGAGGAGACUCUGGUCGGCGCAGGAGGGACACUGCGUCUUGGAUCAGCCACUAAGAGCAUGGCAGGGAAUUACUCCAUCAGUGCUUACAGUCAGAGGGGAGCCAUCAAUACCUCUUUCUUUCUGAACAUACAGUAUGGACCAGACAAUGUGAUGGCACCUGACCGAGUGACAGUGAGUGAAGGGGAUGCUGUUGAGGUGCGGUGUUCAGCCUCAGGCAACCCCUUGCCUUCCCUCACCUGGGUGGCAGGGAACCAGAGUGUUGGCUCGGGUGUUGGUGUUGCCAGGCUGGUGCUGCGAUCAGCUCAGAGGGAGGACACGGGCCUCUAUGUCUGUCAGGCAUCAGGCAACCUCUCGUCGCGCUCGCAGUCUGUGCCCACCAAGCUUAUCAUUACACAGCCCGUGUCAAUGAGUGAGGACAGUGGUAAAGUGAAGGGGUCCUGGGCAUCCUUGGGAGGGAAGGGCAAGUUGGUGUGCCAAGUGAGGGCUGCACCGGCACCCUCUUUCCUCUGGACCACUCAUGAAGGAAUGAAAAUCCUCAGUAGUGACAAGUACCGUAUUCACAGACCGGUGGAAGUGGAUGGCCUAGUGACAUGGUCCUCUGUGCUGGAGGUGUUUGAUGUGUCCCCACAAGACUACCAGCCCUAUCACUGCUCAGCCACCAACCCCCUUGGCUCAGGCUCCACCGUCCUCACUCUUAGGCCUCCUUCACGGCCCUUCCCUCCCACAAAUCUCACGGUGAUCAGUGUGAGCAAUGUGUCUGUGGUGUUAGGCUGGAGUCCCAACCUUGCUGGCAGUCGUCCUUUGGGAUACACAGUCAAGUAUUACCCGACUGGCACAACUACAUUUGAGUAUGAGGAAGUCUCAGACGGCAGCAGCACUGGGGUGGAGGUGGGAGGCCUGACGCCUGAGGUAGAGUACAGCCUCACUGCUCAGGCCAAGAACAACCAAGGCCGCUCAGACUACGUCACACCUCCAGUCACAGUCACUACCUUAGCAGGAGGAGGGGAAGGUGUGGAGGGGAAGGAGGAGAGGCAUGUCACCAGUUUCUUGUUGCUGGUGAUCAUCAUGUCUGUGUUUGGGCUCUUGGUGCUGAAUGUUGCUGCCAUCCUUUGCUUCCUCCGGCACCGCAAGAGAAGGAAUUCCUCAAGAGGUGUGCAUUCCAUCAAGGCCACUUCAGCAACUCCACUGGGCAACACCACAUCCAAUCCUGAUCACCACCAUCACCAUAACCACAAUCAUCACAACCAAGUUCUCCUCACCCUUAGCAGCCUAUCAAGAAGGAAAAAGAAAAAAUCCAAGGACCACACAAGACAGGGCAGCAGUAAGAGAGCCAGUGUAAUCCCUCUUCCUUCCCCAUCAUCCCAGCGACACAGGAUGAUACAUUUUGGCAAGUUCACAAAACAUGCUCCAGUUACUAACAAGAGCAGUUCAGCUUGUAUACACAAUGGCAGAAUACCAAAACCACCUGCUCAGCAGCAAAAUAACAAGAGCACUUUGCACACUGCCAAGGGCUUGUCAGCUGACAGUAGUAAACCACCAAAGCACAAGAAGCAAGUAACUCGCACUCCAGGUCCACAAGAGUCACAUUCUCUCCUUGUAGCACAUAACCAAGAGAAGAUAAUCUCAUCAAAACCAGGAGAACCUCAAAUUGAGCAUGACCAGCUGUCACAAGACCAACUGUCUCAAUCCUCACAUGAAAGUACACAAACUGCAAUCUUCUGUGAGGACAGCAUCCCAGUAUCACCAAACUGUACUGAAUUAGAAGGACAUUUACAAAUCCUAGAGGAACAGACAACUCAAGGAAGCAUAGAUCAGCUUACUGAGGAAAUGAAACAGUUUUUCCAGAGCAGAGCGACACAUUAUCUGCGUUCAGGUGCAGGUUCCAGCAGGAGCCUUGAUUAUAUUGAUUUAGAUCACUGUCCUGGAAUGGUGACAGAGUCCAAGAGAGUACCUGAUCAGCAACAAAGUCUAAGAAAUGCAGAAACUCUAACUUCAGAUGAGACAUCCACCAGCUCAGAAUGUCAGCCAAGUUUAGACCCAGGCCCUUUGUCUCACAUACAGGAAUCAUCAGCACUUUAUCACCAGCAAGAAGAAAUUCAGAUUGUCCCUGCUCCACCAAAAGACGAGUUUCAAGUUUAUCUUCCACCAGCAACCUCCCCACAUCACUGGCCUCCACCUACCUCACCAACUCACAUCCAGCAACACAGGAUGCACUCAGUUUCACCCAGCAGAGGAAGAGUGGGACACAAACCACCUGAACCACCAGCAAAACCCAAGCAGCAAAGAAUAGUGUCCCAUUCACCCAUCAUGUCUGGACAGAAGGAUGGAGCUUCUGCAUCACCUCCCAGUGUGAGGCAUCGCAGGACACCAUCACAGUCACCAGCAAGAGCCAUUCAUACCUCAAGUCCUGAGAUACCAGUCAGUGUUAGUCACCACAUAGUUUCUUCUCCAUCAUCUUUAAGAUCAAGUCAUCACAUGAGACCACCAGAGCCAGUAGUUAGGUCAAGUCACCAGUUGUCUUCUGAGUCGCCAGUAAGAUACAGUCGUGUUAGUCGCUCGGAGUCUCCAGAGGUAAUCAGGCGUCAGUAUAGAACAUCAUCUGCAUCACCAGUAAGAAGUGUUUACAAUAUGAAUCUUUCUGAGUCGCCAGCAAAGAAAACAAGGAGGAAUUCCGAGUCACUACACAGGAUAGCUGAUCUUUUGGAAACACAAAAGUCACCAAUAAUUAAAGAGAUGAGUGGUUCUGUGUCUUCCCAAUUACCAGUUAGGUCUAGACAUCUGCUAGAAGAGUCACCAACUAGAGAUGUACAACACGAGAGACAGUCUGCAUUACCACUGAGGCACAGGGAGUAUCACAGGGCACCAGCCGAGUCACCAAGUGGUGGGCAGAGGUAUCGCCUUCCAUCUACUCCCCUAACAAGAUCCUAUCUACAAAAGCAGACACCAAGUCCAGGCCAACCACUGCAAGCAUCACCAUCAAGGCACCAGCAUCCACAACCACCAGUCCAACCUCAGAUCAUCCACCACUCCCCAGCUUCACCAGCCAUGCAUCAUUCUCCUCUGACACACCAGAAUACAAAACCUCAACCAAUCUCUCCCAAAUCAAGUGAAGCUCAUCUUUUAUCAGUUGAACUCAACACUGGUACUCAUUCCGUCUCAUUCUCACCUGCACAGUCAAAUGCUUUUCAUCCUCCACUUACCUCUACAAGUUCUGGUCGACACCUUCCCCCAACCCCACCACGAUCCAAGAAACCACGGCCGUUACCUUACAUGUCGUCUUCCCAGACCACUCUUGGCCAGCAUUCAUCUAUACUUCAGAGGAGUCCAAUAACUCAACAGAUAUCGCCCGAAGAAAUUUCUACGUCAUUUGUAUCGCAAGAGACUCACAAAAAUGAAGAUAAACAUGCUUCUGCUUCUAUCUCAAAAUCUGUCAGUGGAACAAUAGAUCAUGAAAGUAGAAUUAAGUUUAGAGAAAUGGUAAAAGGUUUUCCUGGUUCUCCUAGUACAGUUCGUAGGAAAGAUGUCAGACAAGGGUCAUUCCCAAUAGAAAAAAGUGAAAGAGGGCAGAGUCCUAAGAAUGUGAAAACUGUUGUGUCUCAGUUUGCCUCUGCCAACAGUCCAAUUGCUACCAGUUCACCUCUUACUAACAGGCGCCGCACAAGGUUCCCAGAUGAUUUUCUUUGGCAGAGCACUUCUGGGAAGUUAUAAUAUGCCUAUGCUUGAAUAUUUUGAGUGAACAUUACUUAUUUUUUAGCCUUUCCAAACCAAUUUUUGAGCAUGACUAGGUGUAUGAGAAAAACUGAUAAAACAUUUGAAAUAAUUUUACCAUGAACACUAUGAUGGGAGUGAGAGAUAUGAAAGGAAAAGAAACUACAUAAAAAGCUCACUAAGUGCUAUAUUAUGAUUUAGAUUAGCUAUAAACAACUGCCUGUUGCUAAUUGUGAUGCAUGUGAUAUGACUGGAUACUGACUGCAUCAACAUGUGACAGUGUGGAUGAUGAAGACACUCAGUUGUGUAUUUUCUGGUGACAUGGAUAUUGAAGACAAUAUUUGGUUGUGUAAGGAUUGAUCAUGGCAAUACAAAGCUAUAGGUUAAGUAAAAAGAAAGUAAGUAAGAACAAAAAUAUUAAGAGGAGAGGCAGAGUUGCUAAAAAUUAGAAAAACAGGAAAGAAAACUGGAGGGAGAAGAUGCACACUAAAUGCACAUCCAGAGAAGUAAUGAAAGAAAGUUCAGAAGAAAAGGAGAUCUCAGCAGUUUGGCAGUUGAGUCAAGCAAGGAAGCCACACUGGAAGCUGAAGCAGUGACUUGUCGUGUGCUGGAGGAUGUUGGUGCAGCCUUGAUUCCACUGAGGAGUGGUGCCAGCAGUCACUGGUGCAGCAUUGGUGCCUGUUCAUGCUGGAUGUCUUUCCUCGUUGAGAAUACUUCAAAAUGGAAAGGUUUCCCAUUAACAAAGUGUGUGUAAUGUGUAAGGCUCAAUAGCUAGCUGCCUGCUGGUGGUGUCUAAGCUGCGUUUUGUAGCUUUUAAGCUUUUUUUCUCCUUGAGUAUUACAUGAUCUGAGUAAAACAAUAGUGGCUUCUUCUUGGACAGUUGUCAUCAGAGUCGAGGAGAAAAAGCAAAAUAGAUCUGUUUAUAUAUUAAAUGCGCAUUUUGAGUUCU